ACAGGCACAGCAACAACACACGACAAUUUGUCUCUAGUUCGUCUCAUCCCUCCAAGCAAGAAGGAAGGAGAUCGCUCGAGCAAUGGCUCCUAUGGCGCUCAAGGGUGUUGCGGCCAAGGAGACGCCGGCCAAGGGCGCGUACGUGACGUUCCUCGCCGGCUCCGGCGACUACUGGAAGGGUGUGGUGGGCCUCGCCAAGGGCCUCCGCGCCGUCAAGUCGGCCUAUCCGCUGGUGGUGGCCGUGCUCCCCGACGUUCCCGAGGACCACCGCCGCACGCUGGUCGACCAGGGCUGCCUCGUCCGCGAGAUCGAGCCCGUGUACCCGCCGGAGAGCCAGACCCAGUUCGCCAUGGCGUACUAUGUCAUCAACUACUCCAAGCUCCGCAUCUGGGAGUUUGUUGAGUACGAGAGGAUGGUGUACCUGGACGCCGACAUCCAGGUGUUCGACAACAUCGACCACCUGUUCGACCUGGAGGCGGGCAGCUUCUACGCCGUCAAGGACUGCUUCUGUGAGAAGACCUGGAGCCACACACCGCAGUACAAGAUCGGCUACUGCCAGCAGUGCCCCGACAGGGUUGUGUGGCCGGAGAGCGACCUUGGCGUGCCGCCACCGCCGCUCUAUUUCAACGCCGGCAUGUUCGUGCAUGAGCCCAGCCUCGCCACCGCCAAGGCCCUCCUCGAGAAGCUCGUCGUCACCGACCCGACCCCCUUCGCCGAGCAGGACUUCCUCAACAUGUUCUUCAACGACGUGUACAAGCCCAUCCCGAACGUUUACAAUCUGGUGUUGGCCAUGCUCUGGAGGCACCCCGAGAACGUCAAGCUCGGCAAGGUCAAGGCCGUGCACUACUGCGCUGCGGGUUCGAAGCCGUGGAGGUUCACCGGCGAGGAGGCGAACAUGGACCGGGAGGACAUCAAGAUGCUGGUCAAGAAGUGGUGGGACAUCUACGACGACGCGAGCCUAGACUUCAAGGGCGACGACGCCGGCGAGGUCACCGACCCGCUUGGUGCGGCUCUCGCCGAGGCCUGGGCCGGCAAGUACUUCCCUGCGCCCUCCGCCGCGUAGACCCGUGCCUACAAUCUACCGCAUAUAGGGUUUUUGCCGAAAGGAAAUAAUAUGUGGACAGAUUUGCACGUUUUGGUGUUGUAGAUCUGUCGAUCAGUAUGCUAGCUAGUGUAUUUUUGGUUUGCAAGAGUAGGACAAGUUUGUAAAUACGUGCAUCCAUGCACAUGUUACUCUAACUAUAUGGUUGAAAGAUAAGUUCAUAUAUAUAAUAUUUUUUCAAUUUCAAA